AACUCGCUCGUGGAACAGGCGAGAGGUUGAAAACCCCUGCACAGAGAAGAGGGAAACUUCGCGCCGCCCGCUCUCUGUGCGGUACUCUCGUUCGUCGUCUCAGCGGAAGAGGCUGUUCCUCGAGCCUCACCUCCAGACUCUCUGGCUUUUCAAUUAGGAGGAGGAUUUAAUCUGAACGAAACCCCAAGGUCAAGGACAGUCUGCUAGAUCAGACGAAACCACAGACGAUAACCUUGACCUCCACGACACCCAGUGACAUCUGUAUGACAACAAACAAUGAACGUUCUGACUACCUCCAGUAUGUCACACAAUAUGUUUGAUUCCGCCCCCGGCGCCUGACGUUCUGAUGGAUGCCACGCCCACUGUGAUCUACCCAAUCCCCCUGAUGCCCGAAGAAAACAGCUCCCCUCUGCACUGCACUGCGCAUGCGUAUCAAAAAGCCGCAGACAUUUCCGGCACCAUCAUGGCGGUGGAAUCUAGUUACGUCAUCCAGCAGAUCCUUAUCUCCGCCCUUGUAGUGACUUGUUUUGUCUGCACCAAGACCUUCAUGGACAACCUGCGCAGACGACAUGCGCGUGUGUCUGUUGUUGUGGUGGGGGCGGGACCUGUGGGGCUGACGGCCAUGUUGGUGGCUGCCCGGACGGGAAGGGUGUCCAGGAUCAUCCUGUAUGAAGAACUCGGGAAACAG